AUGUCUCGUAAAGAUUUAACAUUAAUCGAAAAAAUUUCUAUACUGGAAAAAAUUAAGGCCCAACCUCAUAGUACUAGUCUUCAUAUUCGAGAACAAUAUGAAAAAUUAAAUGACAACAAAAGUGCACCUGUAAAUAGAAAAAGAAAACGAGAAGGCAAAGAUCCCAUAGUAGACAAAGCUAUGAACGAAUGGUUUUCUGCUGUUACAGAACGCGGUGUUCGUAUUUUGGGCCCCAUGUUACAACAGAAAGCUGAAUUUUUUGCAGAAAAAAUUGGACAUAGUGAUUUUAAGGCCACAGAAGGUUGGAUAAUUCGUUGGAAGGAUCGGAAUAAUAUUAAAUUCAAGCGAUUUCACGGAGAAAAAUCAAGUGCUGAUACAAACGGAGCUAAUGAAUGGUCUUUAGCUAAAUUACCGGAAAUUCUUAAAAAUUUUUCUCCUCAGGACAUUUAUAAUGCCGAUGAAACUGGUUUAUUCUACCGAGCGACUCCGGAUGGUUCUUUGUGCUAUAAACGUGAAACACUUGAGGGAUCAAAAAAAUCUAUGGAUCCGAAUAAAAAUGCAUGGAUGACAGCAGAAAUAUUUACAUCGUGGUUGAAAGACUGGGACAAAGAGCUUGGAAAACAAUCAAGGAAAAUUUUAUUAACUGUUGAUAAUGCUGGACCACAUCGAAACUUGAUAGAUUUAAAAAAUAUCACACUUGAAUUUCUUCCUCCAAAUACUACUUCUAUCAUUCAACCAUUCGAUAUGGGGAUCAUUAAGAAUUUAAAAACUCAUUACCGUGGACUACUGGUAACAUACAUUUUAAAGGCUAUUGAAAAUAAUUUAGUAACUCCAUCUACAUGUGCUAUAGAUAUCAGUUCUAAAAUAAACAUUCUACAAGCAAUACAAUUUAUCGCUGACAGCUGGAGAAAAGUGUCAUCUGUUACGAUUCAGCAUUGUUUUGCACAUUGCGGUUUCAUACCACUGAUUGAUUUACCUAUUCCUCCCAUUUUUUCUAUUGAAAAUGACGUAAUGCAAUGCGUAGAAAAUGGGGAGUUAUUUAUAAAAAUUGAUGAUGGUAUGCAUCUGCAAAAUGAAGAAAGCGAUGACGAUGACAACGUUCAGCCCGUCAAAAUUACAACAAAAGAAGCAGAAAAGUGCAUUGAUCAGCUGAGACUAUAUUUUAUACAAAUUGAAAACGGAAAUGUUCCAACAACUUCGUUAGACGUUUGUGCAGAUUUUAUCAAUAAGCAAAGUCUUAAUAAAUUACAGCAAAAAAGAAUGAACGAUUUUCUGCAGCCUAACAAAAUAUAA